AUGCAUGCAAUCUGGUCAAGAGCCUCCCAGGCAAAUGGCUCUCACUGUCGGACAUGCCUCCAGGCAACCAACGUCCUAAUUCGGCGAGCGGGAUCUGCCCCGAGUCGUCGCAAGGUCCGCAUGAGCGAUGCCUUCACGGCCUUCUACACCACCAUUAUGGCCACCGCCGCGGUCCUGGAUGCAAAAUACAAGGACCAGCGCAGGAAGGAGCUGGAUCGGAAAAUUAGCGAGGCAAAGGAUGGCUUAGCGGAGCUCAUGGAGGCGCCAGCGGCUCACGAGCUGGCCCAAGCAGCAGACGCCCGUUUCACAGCCCCGUAUCCUGCUGCUGCACGACAACAACUUGACACACUCGAGGUAUUGAACUCGAUCUGCCUUAAGCCAGAGGUUUUGCUUCAAGAAAGGGUAAAGGCAGACCACCGCCGAUAUAGGCGGGAGUUUCUGGAGAGGGGUCUGGGUCUCCCCAAGGAGAAAAUCUGGUGGACGACACCUCCGCGGAUGAUGGAGGUCGAAGAGUUCCUAGCAAUUGAAGAAUCACGACCCGAAAUCCCGCAGCGGGAACCUUCCAGCUCCGUUCAGAUCGAGAGAAUGACCGAGAUGAUCGACGAUUUGGUGGACCGGCUCCUGGUCGAGGCAUACCGGGACGAGCGCGAUGAGGUCUCCCAAGCUCCAAUUAGCUUGGACUCCGGUUGGAACGCUAUCCGGAUGCUCCGAUCCGACGGUUAUCCUCGUUAUGGCGAUCCUUCGAUAAAUUUCGAGUUCAGCACAGAAUCAAGACACGGAUUAAACGCCGUCAACAGGAAGAUCAUGGCGGAUUGGGACGCCCUGCGCAAGGCUAAACCGAUGGCUGAAAGGGAAUACAAGGCUCGCAGGGAGCAUUUUAUCGCCAAGAUUUGUUACAACGUCCUCAUUUCCCCUGUUCCGCCAGGCAUUCAUAACUAUAAUGCCCUGAUUUCAGGGUUCUCGCGGAUCGGGGAGUCUUGUCUAGCACAGGCUGUCGUGGACUCGUUCCUUUUCAAGAGCCACCUGAGGCCGACGCAGAUGACAUUAGUGUCUCUACUUCACCACUACCGGCUGAAGAAGGACAUUGUUGGCUUUUAUAGCAUUGUUCGCCGGCUGACUGGCCACGACCCCCGAGGAAUCGGCCUUCGUCGCAGAACGCAAGAAGACGUCGAAUCGUAUCACGUCUUGUGGAAGUGGGCGCAAGAAUCAGAUGUGGCCGUCGUUGAUGGCUUCGUCAUCGAGCGAGCAACUUUGGAUCGGCAGCUCUUGGAGGCUCUGCUGGACGGUCUUAUUGACUUCAACCAAACCCGGCAGGCGGCACAGGUACUCGUUGCCUGUAUGCGAGACGGUUGGACGAUUGGCUCCCGGUACCUCUUCCGGGUCGUCUGGAUGUGUGUCUCCCAUCUAGACCGACGUGCCGCAAAGACAUUGGUACGGGGCUUCGUUCACAGCAUCGACGAAGUUCUCUCGUUUAUCCUC